CGCUGCUGGCGCUGCUGGCCGCGCACUUCCAGGCGAGUGCGACGCUGGAGGAAAAGAAAGUUUGCCAAGGCACGAGUAAUAAGCUCACGCAGUUGGGCACUUUCGAAGAUCACUAUUUGAGUCUCCAGAGGAUGUUCAAUAACUGCGAAGUGGUCCUUGGGAAUUUGGAAAUUACCUAUGUGCAAAGGAAUUAUGACCUUACCUUCUUAAAGACCAUCCAGGAGGUGGCUGGCUACGUACUCAUUGCCCUCAACACGGUGGAGAGGAUUCCCUUGGAAAAUCUGCAGAUCAUUAGAGGAAAUUUACUUUAUGAAAACACCUAUGCUUUGGCAGUCUUAUCCAACUAUGCCACAAAUAAAACCGGCAUGAGGGAGCUGCCCAUGAGGAAUUUACAAGAGAUUCUGAACGGUGCUGUGAGAUUCAGCAAUAACCCCGUCCUCUGCCACGUGGGGACCGUCCAGUGGCGAGACAUUGUGGACAGUCAUUUUAUGAGCAACAUGUCGAUGGACCUCCAGAACAGUCUGGACAACUGCCAAAAGUGUGAUCCAAACUGUCCCAAUGGAAGUUGCUGGGGUGCAGGAGAGGAGAACUGCCAGAAAUUGACCAAAACCAUCUGUGCCCAGCAGUGUUCGGGACGCUGUCGAGGCAAGUCCCCCAGUGAUUGCUGCCACAACCAGUGUGCCGCCGGCUGCACGGGUCCCCGGGAGAGCGACUGCCUGAUCUGCCGCAGGUUUCGAGACGAAGCCACAUGCAAGGACACCUGUCCGCCAUUAAUGCUCUACAACCCCACCACCUACCAGAUGGACGUUAAUCCAGAGGGGAAAUACAGCUUUGGCGCCACUUGUGUGAAAAAGUGCCCACAUAACUAUGUGGUGACAGACCACGGGUCCUGUGUCCGUUUCUGCAGUGCUGACAGCUACGAGGUGGACGAGGAUGGCGUGCACAAGUGUAAAAAGUGUGAGGGGCUGUGUCCUAAAGUGUGUAAUGGAAUUGGAAUUGGUGAGUUUAAAGACACGCUUUCCAUAAAUGCUACAAAUAUUAAGCACUUCAAAAAUUGCACGACUAUCAGUGGAGAUCUUCAUAUUCUGCCAGUAGCAUUUAAGGGUGACUCCUACACACGCACGCCACCUCUAGAUCCGAAGGAACUGGACAUUCUAAAAACUGUCAAGGAAAUAACAGGUUCUGGCCAGUUUUCACUUGCGGUUGUCGGCCUGGACAUAACAUCCUUGGGAUUACGCUCUCUCAAGGAAAUAAGUGAUGGAGACGUGAUCAUUUCCGGAAACCAGAAACUGUGCUAUGCCAAUACAAUAAACUGGAAAAAACUAUUUGGGACUACAAGUCAGAACACUAAGAUUAUAAAAAACAAAAACAAAAAUGUCUGUGAGGCCAUGGGCCACGUUUGUGAUCCCUUGUGCUCAUCAGAGGGUUGCUGGGGCCCAGGGCCCAAAGACUGUGUCACCUGCCGCAAUGUUAGCCGAGGCCGGGAAUGUGUGAGCAAGUGCAACAUUCUGGAGGGAGAGCCAAGGGAGUUUGUGGAGAAGUCUGAGUGCAUCGAGUGCCAUCCUGAAUGUCUGCCGCAGCUCAUGAACAUAACCUGCACGGGACGCGGGCCUGACAACUGCAUAAAGUGUGCCCACUACAUCGAUGGGCCCCAUUGUGUCAAGACCUGCCCAGCAGGAAUCCUGGGAGAAAACAAUACGUUGGUCUGGAAGUAUGCAGAUGCCAAUCACGUGUGUCACCUGUGCCACACAAACUGCACUUUCGGCUGUGCUGGGCCAGGUCUCGAAGGCUGUCCAACAAAUGAGCGCAAGAUCCCAUCCAUCGCCACUGGAAUUGUGGGUGGCCUCCUCUUACUGGUGGUGAUUGCCCUCGGUAUUGGCCUCUUCCUGCGCAGGCGCCGCAUCAUCCGGAAGCGCACGCUGCGCCGACUGCUGCAGGAAAGAGAGCUUGUGGAGCCUCUGACCCCCAGUGGAGAAGCGCCCAACCAAGCUCUUCUGAGGAUCUUAAAGGAAACUGAAUUCAAGAAGACCAAAGUGCUGGGCUCUGGAGCAUUCGGCACCGUGUAUAAGGGACUCUGGAUCCCAGAAGGAGAGAAAGUUAAAAUUCCUGUAGCUAUCAAGGAAUUAAGAGAGGCGACGUCUCCCAAAGCCAACAAGGAAAUUCUUGAUGAAGCCUAUGUCAUGGCCAGUGUGGACAAUCCCCAUGUGUGCCGCCUGCUAGGCAUCUGCCUGACCUCCACAGUCCAGCUCAUCACGCAGCUCAUGCCCUUCGGCUGCCUCCUGGACUACAUCCGUGAGCACAAGGACAACAUCGGCUCCCAGUAUCUCCUCAACUGGUGUGUCCAGAUCGCAAAGGGCAUGAACUACCUGGAAGACCGCCGCCUGGUGCACCGUGACCUUGCGGCGAGGAACGUCCUGGUGAAGACGCCGCAGCACGUCAAGAUCACGGAUUUUGGGCUGGCCAAGCUGCUCGGUGCCGAGGAGAAGGAGUACCAUGCCGAGGGAGGCAAAGUUCCUAUUAAAUGGAUGGCUCUGGAAUCAAUUUUACACCGAAUUUAUACCCACCAAAGUGAUGUCUGGAGCUACGGUGUGACAGUUUGGGAGUUGAUGACCUUCGGAUCCAAGCCCUAUGAUGGAAUCCCUGCCAGUGAGAUCUCGUCCAUCCUGGAAAAAGGAGAGCGCCUUCCACAGCCACCCAUCUGCACCAUUGAUGUCUACAUGAUCAUGGUUAAAUGCUGGAUGAUAGAUGCAGAAAGUCGCCCAAAGUUCCGGGAGUUGAUCAAUGAAUUCUCCAAAAUGGCCCGUGACCCUCAGCGCUACCUUGUCAUUCAGGGCGAUGAGCGAAUGCAUCUGCCAAGCCCCACAGACUCAAACUUUUACCGCGGCCUGAUGGACGAAGAGGACAUGGAAGAUGUCGUGGACGCGGACGAGUACCUCAUUCCACAGCAAGGCUUCUUCAACAGCCCUUCCACUUCUCGAACCCCCCUUCUCAAUUCUCUGAGCACAACCAGCAAUAAUUCCACUGUGGCCUGCAUCGACAGAAACGGGCAGAGCUGCCCUGUCAAGGAGGACAGCUUCUUACAGCGGUACAGCUCCGAUCCCACGGGCGCUUUGACCGAAGCGAACAUCGAUGACGAUUUCCUCCCAGCGCCAGAGUACAUAAACCAAUCCAUUCCCAAAAGGCCUGCAGGUUCUGUGCAGAACCCUGUCUACCACAAUCAGCCUCUGAAUCCUGCCCCUGGCCGAGACCCUCACUACCAAAACCCCCACAGCAACGCCGUGCAGAAUCCCGAGUAUCUCAACACCAUCCCGCCUGCCUGUGUCAACAGCCCUGCCUUCUGGGCCCAGAAAGGCAACCAUCAAGUCAGUCUGGACAACCCGGACUACCAACAGGACUUCUUUCCCAAGGAAACCAAGCCCAAUGGCAUCCUUAAGGGUCCGGCAGCUGAAAAUGCAGAAUACCUAAGGGUCGCACCACCGAGCAGUGAGUUUAUUGGAGCAUGACCAUAGAGGAAAGCACCGGCCGUAAAAAUCCCAGACUCUUUGAGCCACACGGGACCAAGCCACGGCAGCUACAACAAUUCCAACAGCCACAGGAACUCUCAGGCCUGUGGACUGACUUGGCCACGUUUGUUUUGAGUGGCCCCUCUUUCAACUAGGAAGGGCACCUCUACUCAGUGCACUUUGGGAAGUUGCACGUACAGCUCUUUCUCUUCAAAAGUUAAGCUUCCAGAAAAGGUACCCAGCAAGAACGGUGUCCCUUUGGGAUUUGGGCAGAGUUUACCUUUCAGUGAGGUACAUUAAUAUGUAUAUGAAUAUGCAUAUAUGUAUACACAUAUAUGUAUGUAUAUAAUUGAGGUCUUGGGGGGGGGUGUUAAUUGUCAUUGCUGAUUUUGCUGUUAAUGGGCUCUGCCAAUGAGUAAGGAAGUUGCUUGUAGCACCAGCUACUCUGAGUUGGCCCAGGUUCCUGGGACCAAGAAAUCUAGAUCACAAGUCUUCCAUCUAACCCUGAUGCCAUGGGCUUGGCCUCAACACGCUUCCAUCUCAACACCAUUACAAAUGGAAGGGGAAAAAAAAAAAAAGCCCCUGAUAUUCUGAGCAGGCCUGGUUGGUUCUGUAUCAAGCCAUGAUAUGGUACAAAAAGACAAGCUUUUUUGUCCCUGUCUGGGCAAAAAAAGGAAAAACUGAGCUCAUCUUGAGACUUUGUUUUGUGUAAAUGACCCCUUGGUACUUAGUUCCUAUUGUUGUUUGUCCACUGUUUUCUGAUUGCUCCGUUAUUUGAACUGCCUCUUCGUUUUCUAUUCCACUGUUUUGAAACUUGAGAUGCCCCCUCCCCCGCCAUCUUGCUGUCAUAAAGUCAGCAAGAAAAGAAGGUACUGCAAACAAACACACCAACGGAGACCCUCCCUCACGUUUGGUUCAUCCGCCUGCAGACCACUAGCCUUUAAAUGAAAUGAAAACACAAAUGCUCACACAGGACCAUAACUGGCUAUCAAGUUGGGCAACUUCUGCCAAGUUUGAGUCUCCAGUGGAAUGCAGCGAGUGCUCCAAUGUACAGUGCAGCAGCUACGAAAACACAGCUGUUCUGAGGAUGGAUUGAGUCUCCCCUCCACCCCACCGUCCCCCAAAAUAAAAUAUUUAGACUUAGGCUACUUGUAGAAAUAAUCUUUUUUAUUUUUUUAACUUGAAAGGUACUUCGCUCCUCCCAGAUAAGCUUCCCCCAGUGUCUCCCUGUUCCCUUUGUGAACUAAAAGGUUCUAGGUCCUGUGGCGACUGGGGAAGAACGUACGGCCCAUGCCACUGCAGGUUGUUGCACAGCUACAAGUGAGAUGCCACUAGUCAUCGUGUGGGAGGUGAACCGGACGUUUUAAGUCAUGCCUGCGCAACAGCAUCUACAGAUGUUCCAGAAGACAGAAGUCUUUUCUCUGCUUAGAACAUCUCUAGUAUCACUCUAGAUCCAGUGAGGGUCUCCAACGAAUUAGCCGCAGCUUUUCUUUUGCUUUUCUUUCUAAUCGGUGUCCCUGUAACCUGGUGGGUCAAUGGCAGUUCUGAUAAACAGUGUUUCACCCACUCUUCACUCAGCACCCCUCCUCUCUAGUUUCUCAAGGAAGCAAUAUUUCGGACAGUGGUUUUAAAUUCUGUAUUGACUCAGACUGGGGCCCCACAGUUACCCCUGUGUUUGAUUUUGGGGAGAUGAGAAUGAAGCUGAGUUCAACCGUGUUACAUUUGCUACAACUUCAAAGCAGGGCUACACCAGCCUGUCACAGGUACAAAGGACACAAAAAUGAACCGAGGCAUUAUAUAAUCCCUGAUUCCAAGGAACUCCUAGUUUAGAAAAGGAAAUGAAUUUAUAAAUAUGAAGCCGACAACAAUAUGACAAAUGCCUGCGACAGCAUGACAGCACUGUGAAAAUAUAUAAAAGAGAGAUCAGCUAAGCCUACCUGCAAAGAUUCAUCAAGUUGGGGAACACCUUGGUCCUGGGCCUAAAAAAUGACCAGGGUUUUGACCACAGGGAAACCGAACGCAAAUCACCAGUAAAGGAGGCUCUGAAAGAAUCCACCAGCAAAGUGCGCUUAAAGGCAAUGUUUAGCCAGCAUAGCAGACUGCUCUCCUUUCAGCCUGGGGCUCAAGUUUGUGGGCCUCUUCUCCCUUGCCUGCCAUUCAUUGGGGGUUUGAGACUGUCUUCUCUGAAAAUGCUCAGUGACAAAAUUAGGCCACAGUUCUAAAGGUCUGAAAUUUUAUGGCAUUGUCAGUAAGCCAAUUUUGUUACCCAUUCACCUCAGAAUAUUAAAAAAAACACCAAGCAAUUAAAUGUUGAUCCAGAACCAGGGACCAGGAUGAUUCACAUUUUGUUAUUACUUGUCUGUCAAGAAACAGAUUAUUGUUAAGGGAGGGCAAGUGUAAAGCCAGUUCAAAUGUAGCAGUUAAGAGCUUAGUAUUUUUGUAAUUUGAAAUAUUUUACUAUAACACAAUAAACAACAAAAAUGAUUCAAGCUUUCUUCUCCUUUUUCUUUCUAUUUUCUUGCAAAAGAAAAAAAUGUUUUUGCUAGCUCUUGUCAAAUUUAAGAUUUUACUUCCCCAAACAUAUUACCUCUGGCCGGGGAGAAGGGGUAAGCCUAGUGGAACUCAUCGAGCUACCAUCCUCCCCAAGGAUGCCACCAAGUUGUUGUGGUUUGGACCGGAGAGCUCAGCAGCGUACCAGUAUUUUCAGUACUACUAACUGAACAGAUCUGAACCCUUCACAUCUUGACCCCUGAUCCUUCCUCAUUGGUGACAAGACCCUAAAGUCCGAUAGAGAGUUUGCUGUUUCUUCCUUCAUUCACGCCCCAUGGCCCAGUCUCACAUCAGACCUUUCGAAGCAGAGUUCAACAAACAUAAGAUUUGGGGGCUGGCAUUUACAAUGGACUGCUACCUUUACAUGUAUUUUCCCACAAAACCUCUAAGGGAUUUAUAUAAUUAUAGCCUAUGAAAAAUCCUUCUGGCCUACGUUAAAUGUAUGCAUAUGUGUGUUGAAGAUAAAUCUUCUGAACUUUACAUUUGCUCUGUGUCCAGGUUGUCACUGGUUUUGAGCAAGUAGAAGCACCAUCUUUACAUUCCAGAUGACGAUAACAAGGCUGGAAGUAUUUACUCUAAGCUCCUCAUGUGUUUUACCCACCCAUUCCCAACCCCAGAAAAAAAAUCACAAAUGAUGAAUGUAAAAGCACAAAAAACAUUGGUUCUCAAGCUUAACCCUUCAGAAUCUCCUAUGUCCCUACCAAAUAUAUAUAAAUCACCAAACUAAAUCAGAAUAUAUAUAUUAGUCUGACGAGCACCCCAGAUGGAGAACCACUGAUGUAAAUAAAAGGCCUUAGAGAAGGAGACCCUGAUGCUUGGCUGAUUGACCUUCAAUGUCGGCCUCACUGCCUUCGGCCUCAGUUUCCCAGGUGCUGAAUGAGACUUGCAUACAGUACCUCAGUAGUUCUCACCUGGAGAGUUUAAAGAAAGUGAUGCCUGGAUUCCCUUCAGACCAACUAAGUCAGAAGUUCAGCGAUGCCAACAGGUGACUAAUGAGCAACACCUUAUCUCUAAAGUCUCCUGAGGUUAUCUACGCCCAUCGAUUAAACCCUGCUUUCCCCAAUCACCACAAGUCAGGAUAGAAUAAAAGAAAUCAUGGGUGCUAGAUUCCCAGAGCCAACAGAAAAAUCUUUACAGUUGCAAGUAUGCCCCAGACUUGGCCAUCAGAAGCUAUUGCAAGACUCUCCCGUUUAUGGUCAUCAGCAAUGUAUACUGAAAGUGACAAAUACUCCAAUCCGAACCUGCAUUUUCUAAAGAAGUUAAUAAAAGCCAAUCUCUUCCUCCAAUGAAUGAGCUACUUCCUAAAUGACUGCUGACAAAUUGCCUUUGAUAUCUAUUUUGUAUUUCUUCCUUUGCAUAGCAUGUUUUUGUUACAACAUAGUAAUCUGCUUUUAUUUCCUGCCUGGGGAGCUGUAAGACCUUACGAAAUAGAAUUCCCUGCCUCUUUGACUAGCCACACCUGCCGUAUGCGGUGCAUACGUGUUGGUGGUAUUAGAGGCAUGUUCACUCAGCUAAGAUUUUUAAAUGUAAAUCUAUUUUUGUAACUUUUUAAGGGAUGGUAUCCUUUUUUGUAGCACUGAACUUUUGUAAGGUAUAUUUUUAGGAAAACUCAUUUUUCUACUAAAUAAAACCCAGUUUACUUUAGAAAAGCUGCAAGGGAUCACAAUUUGUGACUUAGAUGUUGAUGUAAAGGGAUUAAACUGAAAGCGGAAUAUGUGUUCUCGUUCAUGUAUUAAUGGUACAAUCUCAUUCCAGAGCUGCAGGAGGGCAUCAUGGUAAAAAGAAAAACCAUCAUCAUAUAUUUGUAAAAUUAUAAAUGAUGAAAAGAGCACCUUAGGGUGUUGUAGAGUUUGUCUGGGGCAAUGCGAACUGAAAGGAAUUGCUGUCACCACUCAAAUCGAAUUGCAGCCCGUACUCAAAUCGUCGGUCAACAUGACCCCAUGAAUGUAAGGAAAGCAAUAAAGCCAGCACUUUGUUGGUUGACAUACACUAGUCUGACUUUGAUGCACAAAAAUUCUAUUUUUAUACUUAUAAUUGACAUCCAUUUACCAAUAUAGAUUAUUAAAGAAAUGCCUGGAGAGCCCUAAUGAAAUCCAUCAACAAAUCCAUCUUGCCACUUAUAAACAUAACAUGAUCAUCUCAAAGCAGCAGAAUGUUUGAAACUCUUGAGGCUCAGAUGCCCCUAAACCCAGUUAAAUAUGAAGUGCUAGGGGGUAAACCCCAGGCUUUUGUACUCUUGUUAAUUCCUUCUAAGAGUCCUGGUGGGGUACUGGGUUCCACACUGAGCUGAUAGGCUGAUAUCACAGUCAUCCAGGGGAUUUACCAGCCACUCCAUGGGAAAAACAGAUGGCCUGGCUCCUGUAAAGACGUACAGUUUCAGGAACUCAAAGAGGCUUCUCUACCCUGUCCUGUGUGUGACAGGGUCUCAAUGAGACAGAAUCAACUCAAUGGCAGUGGGCUUUGGACGCUGACUGUGCUCAUUCUGGUGCCCCUAGGCCUAGAUUGUGGAAAUGGCUAACAGAAAGCUGAGAAGUUCAGUUCCACCCAGAGGUACCUCAGGAAAAGGGCCUGGUGAUCUACUUCUGAGACAUCACAACCACUGAAACUCCUGUGAAGCACAGUUCAACUCGGACCCACAAGGGCUCAUUUCAGUGUGCAGCCAAGGUUGAGAAGCACCCGCCUAGAGGAUAGCCCCAGGUGCCUGAAUUUGCAGGAGAUUCUGGUGAUGGAGUGUCUAUAAGAAAGAAAAUUACAUUACAAAAGUGGGUGUUAAAAGACUGCUUAAGCAGUUAUUUUUUUCUAAAAUCAAGAAUCCAAGAAAGAGAUUCUUGUGCCAUGUUUUAAAUAUUUUAUUUUAAUGAAUUAUGCCUGGGAUAAAAAUAGAAGCAAAGAAUUAUGUGGGUUUUUUCCCUUUCACUUUAAUCUGCAUAAGCACAGUGUACUCUUAUAAGUCUGUCCCGUCUGAAUUACCAGCAAAAAUAAUAAGAAUCACUUUUAUCACCCAGCAGACAAAACUACAAAGGGAAACUUACAUAUAUUUUUGCUGCAUUUCCUUAUUUAAUAAAGAAAAAGGAGAAAAAAUAUUCCCCUGACUUGUUUUGGCUGCAAAAUAAUCUUAUAUAAUGUCUUGGAAAUUAAGGGAUCCUAUGGAUCUGAUGAUUUAUAGUAAAGGUGGUGAUGUAACUGAGAAAUAACAGCAAGAGCUUCAUUUUAUAAAACAUUCAAGCAAUACCUUUGUAACUUCAGUAUGUGGUACGAUUUAACAUUGUAAAGUUUUGCCAUGAUGAAAGCGAUAUUUGUACAAAUAAAAAGUAAGAUUCUCUUUUAUAUGGCUUAUAUACUGUUGAUCAAACAUGAUUGUAUAUGGUUUUAAAACUUAGAUGUAUAUUAUUGUUCUUUACUCUUAAGUACCUUGUAAUAAUAAUGUAGUCUUUGGUAACAAUGCCGUGUUAAUAUGAGUUAUUAAUCUUAUCUACCCUGGUGGACAUGGUCUCUUUCCAUCAUUUUCCCUCGGGGAGAAAAAGGACAAGUUCAUUUGGAGUCAGGAAUGCGGAAACACUUUCCAUUCCGCUCCUCAGGUUUCUUCCCCUAAGCCAUGCUCAUGUUCACAAUUACCUUCAGAAUAAAGCUCUUCGGAUACCA